GGCUGCGGCUGCUAAACGGCAGCAGUAGCGUUCCUUCCAGUCGCUGCGCUGUAGGUAUCACGGGCAGGACGGCUGCUCCCGGCGCGCGGAAGGGACUACCGGGCUGGCCGUGGGACUCGAGGCGAGGGUGAGGAGGCCGAGGCGGGACAGUGAAGUGCCAAGAGGGAAAGUCCCUGCGCGAAACGAGCGCGCCCGGAAAAGGCGCCCCUCCCUCCACUGCCGUGUCGCGAAGUGAGUGUGGGAGGAAGACUUCGCCACCAGGAAUCGUGGCUUCAUCGUCCUUCCCGCCAAGAAGGGAAGUCAUCGUUCCUGCCCCGAGACUGCCGCGGCGCCGCUGGGCGAGGCCGCGCCUGCUGUGGCCUCUCUCGCUUCUGACGUGGAAGCCUACCUACAUAAUAAAAGAAAUUUCGAGCCAAAUAUUGGAAGAGAUGUCAGAGGAUUCAGAAAAGGAAGACUAUUCAGACAGAACAAUCAGUGAAGAUGAAUCAGAUGAGGAUACCUUUAUGAAGUUUGUAAAUGAAGACAUCCAUCAGUGUGCACUUUUAACAGAUUGGACCCCUUCUAAUACUGAGCGAAUGUACAUCCCAACAGGCCUGGAUAUAGAAACCCUUUAUCCAAGCUCCAAGGAAGAGGUUUACCUAGCUGAAGAUGCCUACAAAGAGCCUUGUUUUGUGUAUUCCCAAGUUGGGGGCAACCAAACACCCUUGAAGCAGCCUGUGAAUAACUGUGAUGAUACUUUGAUGUUUGAAGCAAGGUUUGAGAGUGGUAAUCUACAGAAGGUAGUCAAAGUGGCAGAAUAUGAAUACCAGCUGACUGUGCGCCCUGACCUGUUCACAAAUAAACACACCCAGUGGUACUAUUUCCAAGUCACUAAUACCCAAGCAGGAAUAGUCUACAGAUUCACUAUUAUCAAUUUCACCAAGCCUGCUAGUCUUUAUAAUCGGGGUAUGCACCCACUGUUUUAUUCUGAAAACGAGGCCAACGCUCAUAAUAUUGGCUGGCAGAGAAUAGGAGACCAAAUGAAGUAUUAUAGAAACAACCAGGGGCAAGAUGGGCGCCACUAUUUCUCUCUUACAUGGACAUUUCAAUUUCCACACAAUAAAGAUACCUGCUACUUUGCUCACUGCUAUCCAUACACUUACACAAACCUGCAAGAAUACCUUUCUAGCAUCAAUAAUGACCCAGUACAGUCAAAGCUUUGUAAAAUACAUGUCUUGUGCCACACAAUUACUAGGAACAUGGUGUAUGUUUUAACGAUUACUACCCCCUUGAAGAACAGUGAGUCAAGAAAGCGAAAGGCCGUGAUUUUGACUGCAGGGGUGCAUCCAGGAGAAACCAACAGCUCUUGGAUCAUGAAGGGCUUCCUUGAUUAUAUUUUAGGAGACUCAAGUGAUGCACAGUUGCUCCGGGAUUUCAUCUUCAAGGUGGUACCCAUGCUGAAUCCAGGUGGUGUGAUUGUGGGAAAUUAUCGGUGUUCCUUAGCUGGAUGGGAUUUAAACUGUAACUAUACAUCUCUCCUGAAGGAAUCAUUUCCUUCUCUUUGGCAUACCCAGAACAUGAUCUGUAGAUGGAUGGAGAAACGAGAGGUUAUUUUGUAUUGUGACCUUCAUGGCCACAAGAAAGAGAACAUCUUCAUGUAUGGCUAUGAUGAUAGUGAUAGAUGUAAAGCAUUAUACUAACAGCAACAAAUCUUUCCACUUAGGCUGAGCAAAAAUUGUCCAGAUAAAUUUUCAUUCUCAGCUUGCAAGUUUAAUAUUCACAAGAGCAAAGAGGGAAUAGGAAGGGUGGUAAUGUGGAAAAUGGGAAUCAGGAACAGCUUUACCAUGGAGGCCACUUUUUGUGGAUCUACUCUGGGUAAGAUCAAAGGCACUCAUUUCAACACAAAAGACUUGGAGUCGAUGGGAUAUCAUUUUUGUGAUUCUCUCUUGGACUACUGUGAUCCAGACCGAACCAAGUAUUAUCAGUGCCUGAAAGAAUUAGAAGAAAUGGAAAAACAUAUAAACUUGGAAAAAGUCCUUGAUGAUUCAGAUACUUCUCUGAAAGAAAUUACAUUGGAUCUAGAGUCUAGUAGCCAUGGCUCUGACAGUUCAGAAUCCAAUGACUCUCAGACUGAUCUUCUCAAGUUAAGUUCUCAGAUAAAGAACAAGAAAAAACAUCUGAAAACAAAGAAGGAAAGAAACUCUACCAUAGCAAGCCAUCAGAGAAGAGCAAGAGCAAAAAUACCUGGACAAGCCCCUUCCUGGCUUCUAAAAAGAUAUUUGAGACUAAACCCAUCUACUUACAUAAAGAAAUACAGCACAUCUUGGACACCACCCAGAAAUGCCCCUUUGAUAAGCCAAAGGACUCUUAUGGUAAGCUCCUCAGAAUGGCUCCAGUCUGUGUCCCAGAAGUCAUUUGAAAGUUUGUCACCUCUCAAAGGGCCCAAAAAGAGGAAAAAACAUUCUCGAGUCAAGGCCACAAAGACUAGAUACAUGAAACCUAUCAGCAGCAAAUGGGAGACUAUUCCCUCAAGUUCUGAGAAGGAUGCAGACAAGAGCCUGCAAACUGAAGAAUCCAACCAGCAAGACUCUAUGCAAACAGCCCCCCAUCCAACUAAAAAUACAGGAGAGCAACCAAAAAAGAAGGAUGGACAACCCACCUUUCGUUUGAAAUUGCAAAGGGACAAAUAA